ACCAUUACAACACACCAAAGAAACACCUUCACUCCUCCUAAGAUUUUACUCUUUUGUCCAGUGCAAGGAACACAAAACCUUUCGAUAAAAAUGGCUGACCAGCAGAAUCUCACACCUCAACCUAUGACACCAUUCUCCGCCGUGACCCCGCACCGUGCUAUAGCCUCACAACCGCGCCGCCUCAUCUCUGCCUCAACCCUCGAGAUGAUAAUUGAGGAAGAGACAGCACCAGAGGAAUAUACUGCGAUGGCUUCUCUUGCUGUAUAUCCGGCAACCUCUUGUUUCUUGAUGUCCAAGAGACAAGUCUCUUUUCUAUUGUACGGAAGCUGCAAGUGCCCUUGAUGUUUUUUCACCACCAAGCGAUUGAAUAAUGGUGUUUUUUCAGUUCUUGUAAUAUAGUUAAGUUAUGGAUGUGUGAUGUCAAUCAUGGGUUGA